CUGCAUCUUCUUGCGCAUCUCAAAGCGACUUUCUCGAAGCCUGUCCCCUACGUAUCGACAGCGACAUCGACAUCGACAUCGACACCACUGCCCCAGACACGACGAUGGACUCGCUGGUGGCCCAGUACAGCCGGCCGGCAUACCAGAACGAAGGCUACGACCAAGAGGACCAGCAGCAACUCCUACUCGACGUGCAGCCACAAUUGAAUCUCAACUUCGCACUCCCGCCAGUCGCAUCAUCGGCGCAAUGGCUGCGCGCAAUGACUGAUGACCACUCCAACCCCAACUGCCCCAUCAAGAUCGCCCACGGAACCACUACACUGGCCUUCAGGUUCAAGGGAGGCAUUAUCGUCGCCACAGAUUCGCGCGCAACAGCAGGAAAUUGGAUUGCUAGUCAAACGGUGAAGAAGGUCAUCGAGAUCAACAGCUGCUUGUUGGGUACUAUGGCUGGUGGCGCUGCGGACUGCCAGUACUGGCUUGCAUAUCUCGGCAUGCAAUGUCGUCUCCAUGAACUGCGGCACAAGCGCCGCAUCUCAGUCGCAGCUGCCUCCAAGAUCCUGGCCAACCUGGUGUACAGCUACAAGGGCAUGGGCCUGAGCAUGGGCACAAUGUGCGCAGGCGUGACACCAUCGGAAGGACCAGCGCUCUAUUACAUUGACAGCGACGGUACGCGCUUAGCAGGAAACUUGUUCUGUGUCGGUUCCGGUCAGACCUUUGCCUAUGGUGUGCUCGAUGCAGAGUACAAGUACGAUUUGGAGGACGAGGAUGCGCUUGAGUUGGGACGGAGAAGUAUCCUUGCUGCUACACACAGAGAUGCAUUCUCUGGUGGGUACAUCAACCUGUACCAUGUCAAGGAGGAUGGUUGGGUGAAGCAUGGCUUCAACGACACCAACCCGAUCUUCUGGAAGACCAAACUGGAGAAGGGCGAGUUCUCCAACGUCACCGCGAACCUCGACUAGGUCGUCGUCGACAUUGCAUUUGCAUAAGAGCAUGGGCGUAGAGGGCUUUAAGCGCACAAGAGGCGCACUUGUAGUUAUACUGGAUGUGACAUUAGAGCACGCUGCUACGCAUGCACCAGUCAGAGAGAUAUAGGUGUAUGACGAUGAGAUAUCAAGAUCUCUGCGCAC